GCGCGCGCGCGCUCCAUGGACCUGCGCGUCGCUGCCCCCGCCUCCGUGGCCGCGGCCGCGCGCCGGGGCGUGCUCGGCGGCGGAGGCGCGAGCCUCCGAGGGCUCGGUGGCCGCCGGCGCAGCCUCUCCGUGCGGACGUCCGUCGCCACCACAGAGCCCGCCGCCACCGCCGCCGUCGGCGCCACGGAGGAUGAGGACGUGGACACGAGGAACCCGAGGACGGUGGUGGCGGUCAUCCUCGGCGGCGGCGCCGGGACCAGGCUCUUCCCGCUCACCAAGCGCAGGGCCAAGCCCGCGGUGCCGAUAGGGGGCGCGUACAGGCUGAUCGACGUGCCCAUGAGCAACUGCAUCAACAGCGGGAUCAACAAGGUGUACGUCCUCACCCAGUUCAACUCAGCCUCCCUCAACCGGCACCUCUCCAGGGCCUACAAUUUCAGCAAUGGGGUCGGCUUCGGAGACGGUUUCGUCGAGGUGCUGGCUGCGACUCAGAGGCCUGGGUUGGAGGGGAAGAGGUGGUUUCAGGGUACCGCUGACGCGGUUCGGCAGUUUGAUUGGCUUUUCGAUGAUGCCAAAUCUAAGGACAUAGAGGAUGUGCUGAUUCUUUCUGGUGAUCACCUCUACCGUAUGGACUACAUGGAUUUUGUUCAGAGUCAUCGGCAGAGAGAUGCAGGCAUCAGCAUCUGUUGCUUGCCUAUUGAUGAUAGCCGGGCAUCGGAUUUUGGUCUAAUGAAGAUAGACGACACAGGAAGAGUCAUUUCAUUUAGUGAAAAACCAAAAGGAGCUGAUUUAAAGGCAAUGCAAGUUGACACCACUAUACUAGGCUUACCCAAGGAGGAAGCAGAAAAGAAACCAUACAUAGCUUCAAUGGGGGUAUAUCUAUUUAAGAAAGAGCUACUUCUAAAUCUUUUAAGAUGGCGUUUUCCCACUGCAAAUGAUUUUGGGUCUGAAAUAAUUCCUGCUGCAGCAAAAGAGAUCAAUGUAAAGGCAUAUCUAUUCAACGAUUACUGGGAAGAUAUUGGAACUAUCAAAUCCUUCUUUGAAGCAAAUCUUGCCCUCGCUGAACAGCCUCCAGGGUUCAGCUUCUAUGAUGCUAGCAAACCGAUGUACACAUCACGGAGAAACCUACCACCAUCUAUGAUCAGCAGUAGUAAGAUCACAGAUUCAAUCAUUUCCCAUGGAUGUUUCUUGGACAGCUGCAGGGUAGAACACAGUGUCGUCGGUGUCCGUUCUCGAGUAGGCUCCAACGUGCACCUCAAGGAUACGGUAAUGCUCGGCGCUGACUUCUACGAAACUGAUGGGGAAAGAGGCGACCAGCUGGCGGAAGGAAAGGUUCCGAUCGGGAUCGGGGAGAACACAUCGAUUCAAAAAUGCAUUAUUGACAAGAACGCGAGGAUAGGGAAGAAUGUGACAAUCGCUAACGCUGAGGGCGUAGAGGAGUCAGACAGGACAUCGGAAGGCUUCUACAUCCGAUCAGGCAUCACGGUGGUACUGAAGAACUCAGUGAUUGCGGACGGAUUAGUCAUCUGAGCUGAAGAACAGGUGCCCCAGUUCAGUGAGAGAAGUCUGACACAAGGAUUCACGACCGGAACAGAACAAUCAUUAGAAUCCGUUGUAUUCUUCCAAUAAGAUGUGUAGCAGUCGUGAGCUGUUCCUUGUGCAUACAAGAUCAUUUGGCUCAAAAAUUCAUGUGUCUCGCCGUACUGCUGUGAAACUCGAACAUCGUUGUGAAACAUAACAUCAAUAAUGCUGAAAAUCCUCAGCCUUUCAGUUUUA